AUGGAGGGCAGCCUAAAGCAGCUCAGCCUGGGGAGGGGGCCCGAGGGGGCAGGGGAUAACCAGGCCCUGGCCGAGCUGCAGGAGCUGGCCCUGAGAUGGUUCAUGGAGACGCAGGCCCCCCUCAUUCUGCAGAACGGAGCCCUGCCCCCCUGGUUUCACGGAUUCGUCACCCGCAAGCAGACGGAGCAGCUGCUCAGGGACAAAGCUCUUGGCUCCUUCCUCAUUCGCCUCAGUGACCGGGCUACCAGCUACAUCUUGUCCUACAGGGGCAGCGAUCGCUGUAGGCAUUUUGUCAUCAACCAGCUUCGAAACCGGCGCUACCUCAUCUCAGGGGACACCCACAGCCACAGGACCCUGGCCGAGCUCGUGCGCCAUUACCAGGAGGUGCAGUUUGAGCCCUUCGGGGAGACCUUGGCUGCUGCCUGCCCCCGGCCAGAGGACAAUGAUCUGUACGACGCCAUCACCCUGGGCCUCCACCAGACCAAUCCAGGCCUGGAAAAUCCACCUGCAACGGCAACCCCCACGGUGGUCCCAGACAAGGCUGCCAGCCCCCGCCCCUCUCCAAAGCCCCAGGUCUCCUUCCUCCACACAAAGAAGAGCUUUGAUGCGAGUCCCUGGAACCUCUCCGAGGAGGAAAGCGUGGAGGCCCCCAGCAGGGUGCCUUCCCUCCCUGAGAGGAGUACCUCCCUUCUGGACAAGUCUUCUGGAGGCCCCAACAACAUCAUCUAUGCAGACUUGAGGAAGACGAACCAGGCACAGCUAGGCCUGGGCACAGACAUGUCCAGCAGGCAUGGGCCAGUUCCAGCUGGCAGCCAGGCCUGCUCCACAGGCAAGGAGACCCCAAAGAGAAUCUCAGAUAGAAGCCAGAACAGGCCUGAUGGCCUAGGGUUUGCCUUCUCCGAGGUGAGCCCAGACCAGGGCCCUACAGUGUCUCCUACCUCCUGGGGCAUCCUCCUGCCUCCCAGUUCUGAGGCCCUAGGAUCCUCAGCUGCUAUCUGGAGCCAGGAGUCUCCGAAGUUGAGCCACAGGGCUCAGCUCCACUCACAAGGCAGUUCUACAGACACCUCUGAGCUCAUCCAGACAGCAGGCCUCCUGCAGGAGGCCAAGGAUGUGCCAGACCAAGAAGGUGGCAGUACCUAUGAGCAGAUCCCAGUCAGCUGGGGUGGCCCAGCCAGGCCCUGGCAUCCUGGGACCAGUCCCACAUAUAGCAAGCUGUCAGGAUCCACAGUCUGUGGCUAUGAGAGGAUCUCGGGGGCCCCAGAGCUCCCUGAACCCAGAAACACCUAUGAACAAAUUCCAGCAGUCAAGAGCAAGGAGACUGGACGAACACACAAGCCUGACAAGCUCCGGAGGCUCUUCUUCACGGACAAGAAGCACAAAUCUUGAGGAGGGUCUGGUUUCCAGCAGCCCACCAGUGGGUUUCCCAGGACUCCGGCUACGCCAGGGGUGAUUGGGAAGCCCUCAGCCCACCAGAAGGCAACCUUGGACCCUCAGAUCCAACCAGCCUGCUGUGGAACCAGGCUCAGAGACAGAACCUAGGUGCCUGCUUGGAGAUGCGGUGGGAAGAGACCUUCCAGCUGCCUAUAGCUCUGGGCUAUGUCCUGCUUGCCAAGAGCCUCCCACCCAUCCAGAGGAGGAAAUCAAUGCCCGAGAGGAGAGAGGAUUGGCCAAAGGCAGGGGUCAGCAACCCUGUUUCCGAGACGAACCUGCUGAGGCCUGGUUCAGCUGAGCCUGCCUCCCCCCACGGAACACUUACUGAGCAUGUGGCAGGCCCUGUGCUAGGGCAGGUCUUUUCCUAACUGGCUGAGUGACAUCAUGCAGUUGCUCUUGAGGUCAAACCAGUUCCUUUUCUCAUGGCCCUAUCAGCACAAAGAGGAGAGGGCCAGGAGCUA